AUGUAUUCAAAUCUAAUACACUCUCAAAGUCCACUAGUUCUUCAAGACGACGUUUUUGUACGCAAGCGACCAGGGAAGCUCUGGUGGCUGUGACGCAAGAGUUCCGUGUUCUCCAGCGUAGGUGUCUGCGUACUUGCGUGCCCGUUCCUCGAUCCAUGUUGAGUGCUGGAGCGCGAUGGCGGCGUGCCGGGGAUCCUCAUCGAGAUGGUUCUUUACCCGGGAGCAGCUCGAAACCACGCCGUCCCGUCGCAGUGGAGUCGAGCCGGACAAAGAGCUUUCGUACCGGCAACAAGCGGCUAACCUUAUCCAAGAUAUGGGGCAGAGACUCAACGUAUCUCAAUUAACAAUAAACACUGCAAUUGUUUACAUGCACAGGUUUUAUAUGUACCAUUCGUUCACCAAGUUUCACAGAAACAUUAUUUCUCCAACUACAUUAUUCUUGGCUGCAAAGGUAGAGGAGCAGCCACGGAAACUUGAGCAUGUCAUCAAAGUAGCGCAUGCCUGCCUAAAUCCUCAAGAGCCACAGCUAGAUACAAAGAGUAAUGCAUACCUCCAGCAAGCUCAAGAGCUGGUGAUACUUGAAACCAUAGUGCUCCAGACAUUAGGUUUUGAAAUAACAAUUGAGCAUCCACAUACUGAUGUUGUGAAAUGUUCCCAGCUAGUGAGAGCAAGCAAGGAUUUGGCACAGACUUCCUAUUUCAUGGCUACCAACAGUCUGCACCUCACUACAUUCUGUCUUCAGUACAAGCCCACAGUGAUAGCAUGUGUGUGCAUUCAUUUGGCUUGCAAAUGGUCCAAUUGGGAGAUUCCUGUAUCCACAGAUGCAAAGCAUUGGUGGGAAUAUGUAGAUCCAUCUGUUACUCUGGAACUACUUGAUGAGUUAACACAUGAGUUUCUACAGAUACUGGAGAAAACACCCAGCAGAUUGAAAAGAAUUCGAAACUGGAGGGCCAAUCAGGCUGCUAAGAAGCCCAAGGGUGACGGGCAAGUUGCUGAUAACUCAUUUCCUGGUCCUUCUAUGGUCCAAAAUCCAUCUUUGGUCGACAACAUUACUGUUGUGUCAGCAAAUGCAAGUUUCCCGAAAGCAUCCAGCUCUGCAUCGUUCCCUGUAACCUUGCCUUCAAACUCUGCAGGAGCUACAAUGCAAGGCGGUCACUCCCUUGACUCCAUUGCUGCAGUGACAACAAGCUUGCAGAAUACAUCUUAUAACUUCACAGCGCCAAACGACUGGCCCCAGCACCAGGAUCAGAGCAGAUCGGAUGUGUAUUCUCUCAAGCAGGAGACAUUGAACCUUCAGCAAGGAGCCUCUGGGCAGCUUCAUACUGCUACCCUCCAUCACAAACCAGAAAAAAAUACUGAAUAUUCUUCCAGUAAACACGAACAUAAGUCAAGCAGCAGCAGCAGCAAACAUGCACUGCUUGCUCCUCCACCGAUCCCUCCCCCACAGAAAAUGACAUUGGACAAAUACAGAGAGAAACAUGCUGCAGAAAAGCGUAAGUUGGAGGGUCUUGGAGAUACAGAUAUCCAAAAUCAAUAUGCUCCUGUUACCCAGCUGAUGGUAGAGAAUCAGCCCCACCAUAGAAAGCAUGCUCAACAGUUACAAGUACCUGGUGGUAGUGCUGUGGCGUCGCCUAUUAAAAUGAAAAUUCCCCUUUCAAAUCCCGAAAAGACUGAAAAAAGAGACAAAAGUGGCUCCCUGAAAUUGCGGAUCCCGAUACCUCCCACAGAAAAGCCUUUGAGCAAGGAGGAGCUGAAAAUGAAAAUCAAAGUCUCAUCUUCGGAGAGACACAGCUCCUCUGAUGAGGGUAGCGGAAAGAGCAAACAUUCCAGCCCGCACAUCAAAGAGCAUAAAGAAAAACACCGGGACCGUUCCUCUCACCGCCACCACGGUGGUAGCCAUAAACAUUCCCAUUUGCACUCCCACAUGCACAGUGGGAACAGUAGCGGCAGCAAACUGAAUGCCGACGGGACUGUAACAGCGGCUUUGAGGAGCCCAGUAGUUCUUAGCAGCGAGGGCGGCCCCUCCAGUUCCAGCUCUUCACGGAAGAGGACGCACCCUGACAUCAGUCACAACCACCACUCCAAAAUGAGCAAAAGUUCCAAAAGUUCAGGUAGUUCCUCUAAUUCUUCCUCUGUAAAGCAGUAUGUAUCCUCUCACAACUCUGUUCUUAACCUACCCUUCCCCCCUCCUCCCCCUGUCACAUACCAGGUGGGCUACGGACAUCUCAGCACCCUAGUGAAACUGGACAAGAAACCAGUGGAGACCAACGGCCCUGAUACGAAUCACGAAUUCAGUGCAAACAGCCAGCAUAUGGACUACAAAGACACAUUUGACAUGCUUGAUUCGCUGUUAAGUGCCCAAGGAAUGAACAUGUAAUCUAGGAGGAAAAAAAAAAGCUUAGAUCUUGUGUUUGUGUUUGGGUUUGGGGUUGGGGGGGGGGGAGGGAUUUUAAUUUAAAAACUAAGAAAAGAAAUGCUUCCUAAUCCUUAGGCAGCAUAACAUGAUGCUGCCACUUGUUCAAUGUACUGCUGCUUUGUCCUCCACUGUGGAAAAAGAAAUAGCGUAAACAUAAGUUUAUCUCCAGUUCUCCACAUAAGAAUAGUAUUAUAAAUACUGUACUAGCAUGAAAGGUGCAUUUUUUAUUUUGUUUUAUUUAACAAUAUUUCCACAACUGUAAACUUCACACAGGCAAAUAGUGGCUGCUUCCAAAAGACAGACCCUGAACAGUGAAGGCAUGAUUUAACACUGCAGCCCAGAAAGUGGGGUUUUAGUUGCUUAGCUUUUGAAUGAGUGUCAUUGUUUUCUUUUUUAUAUCUUUAUACUGUAUGUAUGAUUUGCAUGUUUCAAUGAUAAAGGGAUAAAACAGAUUAUACUGACAACUGUUUACAGAAAGUGGAGAUAAAUGUACAUACAUUUUUGUAUGUUUAGCUAUACCAUAAAUACUCAGGUUUGGAGCUGCUUGUAAGUAUAACAAAUAUAUGUAAAAGACUUGUAUCUUGUAUAAGAGUCCAACAGUGAUUCAGAUGGCAGCAUUCCAGCUACUUAGAACCUGUAAGCUGCAUGGCUGCCAAGAGGGGCAUUUCCUGUCAUACUGGGAAUCUAGCACCAGUUACUGGUAAAUUUCAAGAUUAUUCAGAGGUCACAUAAAAAAAGUUGUCUUUUUACUCUCUUGACCUAGUUGAUCGAAGCUGGAUGCCAAAGGUUGUGCCUCUAAUUAAAAAAAAAAAAAAAAAAAAAAAAA